UUCAACGUGCGUUAACGGGACGUGGAUGUGCUCUUGGAUAGCCAGGAAUUUGGACCAUGCGCAUGUUCCCGGACCUCCGUAACAUCCCUCGGGAACACCGCAGCUCCGCAUCGCUCCCCAUCCCAGCCACUGGAACCACCGAGGAGGGGAGAUGACCUAAACAAAGACCGGGAGUGGAAUAACGCAAAGAGAGAAGCAGGACCCUGUUACACCAGAACUUGCGUUUGGCUCCCACGGGUCCCUCGACUAACCCGGGGAGACGCUGAGGGGACGAGGCUUUUUGGUGCAGCGACCCAAAGGAUCCAGACUGCUUUUUUUUUUCUUCUUCUUCUCAUCACCGCGAAGAGCUCCGCGUCCGACUGGAUUAAGCUGCAGUCCGCUCGGAACGAGCUGCAUGGUCAUAACUGUGUGAGAGAACACACAUCUGAGCAAAAAAUGGAACUAGACGGGUUGGAUAUCAUCGUUUUAAUUUGUUACUUAAUCGGGUGAACGCCACGGAGACAACAAAAGGGGCCACAUCCACAAGUGUGAAUAUUAAGCUCCGCGUAAAAGAGAAUCCACUUUCCAACUAAAACCACACCAGGGUGGACGCGGAUGCAUUGAAAAGUCACUCUAAUACCCCAAAAUCGUCACUUCAGAGUGACUUCUAAAAGGAAAGGUGAAGCGGAUAAAGCAAAAGAUGGAUUAAAUGCCGUCUUCGAUGUGGAGGCUGUCGCUGUCCGACGCGCGAGUGGUGCUGAAAUUUGGAUGAUGCCGAAUCAGCGGCUGCAGGGCUGCCGCUCCCUGCACCUGAACGAGGACAACGGUCGCUUCCUGCUGCUCGCCCUGCUCAUCGUCCUGUACCUGCUGUGCGGCGCGGCCGUGUUUUCCGCCGUGGAGCGGCCCUCGGAGCUACGGGCUCACGGCCGCUGGAACAAGACGCUGCUCAACUUCAGCGAGGCGUUCAACAUCAGCGUGCAGGACCUCAACUCCCUUCUGCGGGACUACGAAGCCGCGAUCGCCGCAGGCAUCCGGGCCGAUGCCCUGCGCCCGCGAUGGGAUUUUACGGGGGCUUUUUAUUUUGUUGGGACCGUGGUUUCAACAAUAGGCUUCGGGAUGACCACCCCGGUGACCAUCCCCGGUAAGGUGUUCCUGAUCUUCUACGGGCUGCUGGGCUGCGCCGCCACCAUCCUGUUCUUCAACCUCUUCCUGGAGCGCAUCAUCACGCUGCUGGCCGUGGUCAUGAAGGCCGUGCGGGAGCGACGCAUCCGCAACAGCGGCAUCCUCCCACCCGGCAUCCGCCACGACUUCUCCGCCUACUCCUUCCCGGGCUGGAAGCCCUCGGUGUACCACGUCAUGCUGAUCCUGGCCCUGUCCGCCAUCACCAUCUCCUGCUGCGCCUCCGCCAUGUACACCCCCGUGGAGGGCUGGGGCUACCUGGACUCGCUCUACUUCUGCUUCGUCACCUUCAGCACCAUCGGCUUCGGGGACUUUGUCAGCAGCCAGGGGGCGGCCUACGAGUACCAGAGCGUGUACCGCCUGGCCAACUUCCUGUUCAUGCUGAUGGGCGUGUGCUGCAUCUACUCGCUGUUCAACGUCAUCUCCAUCGUCAUCAAGCAGGUGCUGAACUGGAUGCUGGAGAAGAUGGCCUGUUUGUUCUGCCAGCGCUGCGGCAAGGCCAACGCCCUGCUGGGCCGACGCAACGCCAUCCGCCCCGGAUCGCGCAGCCGCAAGGGCCAGUUCGCCAAGGCGCCGGACUCGGAGGGGCCGUGCGACAGCGACACCGAGGGGAGAAGGCUUUCGGGGGAGAUGAUCUCCAUGAAGGACCUGACGGCGUCCAACAAGGUGUCGCUGGCGCUCAUGCAGAAACAGCUCUCCGAGUCGGCCAACGGGUACCCCCGGACAGUGUGCGGGAGCUCCCGGCACAACGGGUUCUCCGGAGGGGUCGGUGCGCUGGGCAUCAUGAACAACAGGCUGGCAGAGACGAGCAACUCCAGGUAGUCGCGGAGGAGGGGGGGCUCGGGACAGGCGUUCUCCCCGGGACACGGAGAGAAUGAAGGGUUCGAGUCUGACCGUGGAUCUGAUCGACGCAGAGACGUUUGAAAAUAGAUUGUUAAUACCGCUCUUGAUACGCAUGAUCUGCAUGGUUUCUUUGGGAUCAUUUAUGGAUUGGAUUGGACCGCCGUUGGUCCCGACGGCGGUGAUGAUGAUGAUGAAGAUGAUGAUGAUGACGAUGACGAUGACGAUAAUGAUGAUGAUUUGGACGAGGAUGAUCUGAGAAUGACGAUCAUCCUUUUUACUUGAAGAAGCGCUCAACCUGUACGUCCCUUCAGUUCAGAGUAGAACACAUAGACCGUGAGAGGACUGGGGAUCAGGGAGGAGAUGCGCUCCCGUUUGGAUACGCCGCUUAAACCACAAGGUUUCUACACUUUAUUCGAAUGUACACGAAGAGACAGCCGGCGCUUUAGGAGGGAUGUAACUGCCUGAGGAUAUAGCACAUAUUAAACUAUGCAUUACGUUUUUCUUCAUGCAUUAUUUGCACCAUACUUGUAGUCCUUCCAUUCAACAGUGUGCCGCCCACUUCUCUUGAUGCUAGUGAAAGGUGUAGCCUCAGGUCUCGGAUGGAAAGGGGUUUGAACUCUGCAUGGAUUUUUUGUGGUGACUGUUGUGUGUGAGUGUGUGAGUGUGUGGAUGGCGUGCGGGCGUGCGUGAGUGAGUGUGUGCGUGCGGUAGGCGUGCGUGCAUGCGUGCGUGUGUGUGGGAGGAGAUAAAUUCACAAUUCAGCUUUCAAAGUGUCAUUUCCUGCUGGCAGAGAUGGAAAGGAGAAACGCAGAGAGGCAGAAUAAAACCAUCCGCUCCUACCAGGAGCAGAGCCUUGGCUCUUAUCAGCUCACAGCAUAUUUCAGGCCAUUCAAAGGUUUGACUUAAAGCGUAAACAAAGAAAAUAAAAAAAACUUCACUUUUAGCAAACAGCUUCUUACCACGAUAAAUGUAUCGAUGACAACACCGACGUCAUGAUGCAACGCGAAUAUGGAGGGCAUGUCAAAUUAGUGUAUUCGCAGUAUAUACCGCUGGAAGGUUAACGGCAGAUACAUUGGGCACGGAAGCGAGCGACCGCAGAGUUAAAACGACAGCCUGUCUGUCUGCUGCGGGCGCAGUUCAGUCACAUGAUGAAGUGUGGGGGGGGGGGAAGAUGAGCGCAUUCGGGCUAGGACGCUCAAAGAGUGGCAAAUGAAGGUCUCUCAUGCGAAAGGUCUCGCUCUCGCGAUGGGCCGUGUGCCAUGGCAUGGAUGAAGGAUGUCCGUUGGGUCCCGUCACAGAGCGGCCCGGUCUCUCUCUCUCUCAGAGUAUCUGCAGUCACGGCUCCGUUAAACGCAAAGCAUGAUUCAACGGCAUGCGACGGCUCUGCUUGAUCUCAGCGCCAACACGUGGCUAUGCUUAAAUGGGCGGUAAAGGUGUUCGGGAGGGAUACGAUGCCUUGACUGGCAGCGCUGCGCACAAUCAGUGGUGUUUCCUCCUGCGAAACACUGUCUUUAUCCUCCGCGGGCGAUGAUGACUGGAAUGAAGGGGCUGCUGAUGGCUUCUGAAGCGCUGGAUGUCAGGAAGGGAAGUUGGUCGUUGAUUGGUUGAGCAGGAAGGGAGACACAGAGAAAGAGAACUGACACCAGGAAGCCUUUCAGGGAGGAUUCCCAGUGUGUGCGUGCGUGUGUGUGUGUGUGUGUGUGUGUGUACAUGCGUGUGUGUCUGUGUGUGUGUGUGUGUGUGUGUGUACGUGUGUGUGCCUGCGUGUUUGAAUACAAAGAAUAUUGUGCAUUGUAGCAACAGAGCACUGAGGCAGUCCAGAACAUCCACCCCAGACAUCACAAUCCGUUCCCGAUGCAGAUCUACAGCCAGGGAAUCAACUCUGCCGCUGUAAGCAUUCUGAAUCGCCCACGCUCAUGGAGAAGUCUGCGUUUGGCUCACAUGCACUGCACUGUAGCCCCCUGGCGUGCUCUCAGCUUUCCUUAUCGUUCAGUCCGCCCCGAUCCACUCGAUAUCAGCCCUCACACUGUGAAUAUUAGCAUGUUCCUAAUCUGUACAUACCCUCGUGAUGCGGACGACAACGCUUUACACUGGAACACGGCGCAUUGACCCGAGAUUCGUUCAUUGACA